UCAGAGGAGCUUCUCAUUCCUCAGAAUGAAGGCGCUGAGCCCGGUGCGCGGCUGCUACGAGGCGGUGUGCUGCCUGUCGGAACGCAGCCUGGCCAUCGCGCGCGGGCGCGGCAAGGGUCCGGCAGCCGAGGAGCCGCUGAGCCUGUUAGACGACAUGAACCAUUGCUACUCGCGCUUGCGGGAACUGGUCCCCGGAGUCCCGCGAGGCACUCAGCUUAGCCAGGUGGAAAUCCUGCAGCGCGUCAUCGACUAUAUCCUCGACCUGCAGGUGGUUCUGGCCGAGCCCGCCCCUGGACCCCCAGACGGCCCGCAUCUUCCCAUCCAGACAGCCGAGCUCGCCCCGGAACUUGUGAUUUCCAACGACAAGAGGAGCUUCUGCCACUGACCUGGCAGUCCUGGCGCCUCCAGAACGCAGGUGCUGGCGCCCGUUCCGCCUGGGACCCCGGGACCCUCUACGGCCGGAAGCCCGAGGGCAUGGAUGGGCCCCAACCUCGCCCUGCCCACUUGACUUCCCCAAACCCCUGCCUCGAGGCUGGACCUGGCGCCCGGGAACGAAGGACUGUGAACUUGGGUGGCCUAAAGAGCCAGAGCUAACUCUGGGCACCAGCUGGGCAACGUCUCCCAGCCCCCACCCCACCCCCAAGUUUUAAAGACUGUCUUUCACAGGGUGGAGGUUGUGGGGGGAGUGGCUGCUCUCCAAAGUCUGCCAAGGCAGCAGUAGAGCUGGUCUUCUGGUCUCCUUGGAGAAAGGCUCUGUUGCCCUGAUUAUGAACUCUAUAAUAGAGUAUAUAGCUUUUGUACCUUUUUUGCAGGAAGGUGACUUUCUGUAACCAUGCAAUGUAUAUUAAACUUUUUAUAAAAGUUAACAUUUUGCAUAAUAAACGGUUUUUAAACA